UUUAUAAACCAGGUUUAUUUACAUUUUAUAGUUGUGUUUGUUUUGAUUUUUCAUGAAUAUCUACUAAAUUUAUGUACUACACACAAUUAUAGUUAACAACUGUCUUUUGUUAGCAUUGUUAUGUGUCAUAUGUAUUUAUACGUGAGAGAUAACAUGUAAAGAAGUUUUGUAUUUAAAUUACGGUAAUACUACUUGUAAGAUUAAUUUAACCUCAAAAUGUCUGAUGAUGAAGGUGUUGUUGUGAAAAAGCCGAAAACAAUCCACUAUGGAUCUCUGGAGGAGCAGGAAAAGGCCCGGCUGGCAGCUCUUGCGGCUGCUGCCAAGGAAGGAGCCGAAGAUUCGGAAUUUAAGGAACUGGGCGAUAUUCAAAUAUCAAAUGAAUACAUGGAGCUUGAAGAGGAAAUGUCUAGGGAUAAGAAAGCACUUCUAGAGGAAUUUGAACGAAGAAGAAAAGCGAGACAACUGAAUGUAUCUACAGAUGAUGAUGAGGUCCGCCGAAGCUUAAGACAGCUAGCUGAACCAGUCUGUCUGUUUGGAGAAGGUCCUGCCGAAAGGAGAGUCAGACUGAGGGAUUUGCUGAGCUAUCUUGGCGAGGAUGCUAUCAACAAGAAACUGGAGGAGGAAGAGGCACGCAUAGAGCGCGAUAGAGGACGAGAGGGCACCUGGUACCACGAGGGUCCGCCGUCACUGAGGGAUGCCAGACUGUGGCUGGCGAAGUACUCCCUCCCGAGGGCUAAGAAAAGACUAAUAGAAGCCCGCGAAGACUUGAAACAGCCUGGCAGUAUUCGAGCGGCGGCGAAACAGGAAGCGCAGAGGAAGGCCUCCGCCAUGUCGAUAUACUGCAGUCAGAUAGGCGACACACGUCCUAUAAGCUAUUGCAGAUUUAGCAGUGAUAGCCAGAUGCUUAUAACCUCCAGUUGGUCAGGUUUGAUUAAGGUAUGGUCGGUGCCGGACUGUGUACUGCUUCAGACCCUAAAGGGACACACUUGCAACGUCAGUGCUGCGGUGUUUCACCCCCGCGCGGCACUCCCCGGACACUUCAGUGAUAGAAUGGAAAAGAUGAAAUCGAAAGAAGCAGACGAAAUUGAAAAAAUGGAUUGCAUAGAAGACGGUGACAAAAGUUGUGCCAUGGCAUCCUGUUCCUAUGAUGGGACUGUGUAUCUGUGGAAUUUCGUGAGUGAGGAGCCGCUAGCAACCUUGGAGGGUCACUCGCCGUCGCGUGUCGCCAGGGUUGCCUUCCAUCCAUCAGGUCGAUUCCUGGGCGCAACCGUCUAUGACAACUCCUGGAGGCUCUGGGACUUGGAGACUGGUACGGAGGUGUUACAUCAGGAGGGUCAUGCCAAGCCUGUGUAUAGCAUCGCCUUCCAGGGAGAUGGCUCGCUGGCAGCCACCGGGGGUAUGGACGCUUUCGGUCGUGUGUGGGACUUAAGGACCGGCCGCUGUGUCAUGAUAAUGUCCGGACACUCUGCUGAGAUCCUCGCCCUGGACUGGGACCCCAGCGGACAUCGCGUCGCCAGCGCUUCCGCAGACCAUCAGGUGAAGAUUUGGGAUCUUCGUCGGCGGACUUCCCUGUACACCAUACCGAGUCAUACGCACCUAGUUAGUGACGUGCGCUACCAACAGAGUCGAGGCAAUUUCCUACUGACUGCUUCUUACGACAAGUCUGCCAAGCUUUGGUCAAAUCCAGCCUGGCAUCCGUUGAGGACUCUUUCGGGACAUGACAAUAAGGUUAUGAGCGCAGAUAUAUCUAUGGAUAACAAAUACAUCGCAACAUGCUCCUACGAUAGAACAUUCAAGUUAUGGGCUCCGGACUUAGCAUAGAGAAUAAACUAAUAAAUUUA